CCUCCCCUCGCCUCUCCUCCCCUCUCCUCCCCGCUCCGUCUUCCACUUCACUGUUGUUGCAGCCAUUUUACUGUGGACCUUCGGCGCAGCGGCGGGCGGAGGAUGCCGACACAGCCCCGUUAAAAGGACUACAAACAUGGCUGACGCGGGGAAAGGUCCCGUGGUUGGCCGGCCAGUGGCAUAUGCGAAUGAAGAGCGUAAGGCUGUUCAUUCCUGGUCCCGGAUCUCGUCGGCAGGGCACAACGUCCUUCUGGACGCUCUCAAGAUCCUCAGUCCGAUGUCCCAUGACUUCUCGUGCACGGAGGAGUUAGUCACCUUCCUUCAGGAGCUCAGCGAGGAGGGCCACAAGCCCCUUGUGCUGAGCAGCAAGGACGUCUACAGAUAUCGCUCAUGCACGAACCAACUCUUGACUGUAGACAUGCUAAAGCCACCCAACAAGAACGUUAGACCGACAGCCAAGAGAAAGGGAAGGAGGCCCGUGACCAAGAAGAGAGAGGUACACCCAUCCUGGAACACUUCUGAGGAGAGCAUCCCCAUAAUUCAAGGGGUCCGCCCUCCAGAGCUGCUAGUGGACCAUCCCACCAUUGUCUGCAGUAGGACCCCCGUUCAGACUGCAGAGACGUCGCGGACACUGCAGGUGCAGCCUUGUCUCCGACUGACCAACAUUGAAGGCCUGUCAGGCUUCCACACGGCUAGACUCCAGAUCCACACUACCUGGAACUCGUCCUCUGAGGCACCCUCUGUUUCCUUUUCACAGCAACAGCACCCUCCGAUGCUUUCAGGAAUACCUUUGCAGCCUUCUCAGAACGGUGGCGGGGUGUCCACCAAAGCCGUGGCCUUGUUUAGUCAGAAGAGCCUGUCCUGCCCUAUCCGGCUUGAUGGUGCCCUCAUUGGAGAUUCGGCACCAGUCUUCUCCGCUAAUGGUGUGGCGUUUCCACAGACUCACACGGAGCUGACAAGCAAUGGCUUCCACAGGACCAGUCAGGGCACGAAGGAAUUGAACAUCCCGGCCCGGCAGAGAAAUGGUUGGAAGGACAAGAACAGUUUUAGAUCGAAAGUGAUAAAGGUGGACGACUCUCGUUCGGUAGCCGACGCUCGCAGAAAAGCGCAGAAGAUCCUGCAGGUCAAUCUUUCACCCGUGAUUCAGAUCCAACCUCUCAAUCACGUCUUGAGAGACUUUAGAUACCAGAAUAACUGACAGUUCCCCCCAAACCCAUCCACAUUGUGUCCUAGCAGAUGUUAGUGUUUUAAAGUCCAUUAGCCUGUAGCUGGCUGAGCCCCAGUGUUCAUAGCAAACAUCAUACAUGGGUUGUUGGGAUCUCUGCUGAGUGUUGGAGGUCAAGAAGUUAGUCUUAAUGUGGAAGUUCUGUUUCCUGUCCGGUGCACCCGGGAUAGAAAGGCGUUUGAAUUAGGAUGAUGCUUUUUCUGGGAAAUGUCAGGUGGACGAAUGCUGGUACAUUAUCUCUGUCCACAGAAUAUGUUGUGUUGACAAUUAGAGUGUACGACAUACACAACGCUAAAGCUAGCCAUCAUUCUGCCCAAGUCACCUGGCAACUAGCCAAUGUUUGUGAUGACUUUAUGGAAACAGCUUUUAGGUCAAAGGGGAAUGUUCUGCUCUUUCAACGAGGCACUGGGUUUGUUCAAAGAGCAUUAAUGCAUUAACAAGUGAGUUGAAGUCCAGCACCAUUUGUUCCAAAGGGUUUUUACUUGCAGUGCUUAUCAACAGUGCUCUCGCUCUGUGGGGCCAAUUCUCCAUAGCAAACAAGGAAUAGGACGGUCCCACUUCACACCCAGAUAACUGGUGGAUGAACAAGGGGGGUAUUCAAGCUCUUCAGACAAGCAGAUGUGAUGGUUGGUUGGUUCUGGGAAAACAACUGAACUUAACUAAAAGGAAGGGGUGGGGGGUGGGGGAGGGGUAGUUUGUUCUCCUUUUUUGCAUUUUUGUUGUUUCCACUGGAAAUCGAGAAGGCUCUUGGAGCGAGCGGGGCAGGGAAUCAAACCCAUGGCACACAGAUUGAUACCUGGAUGAACCACAGUCCUUCCUUUUUUUGGUUUAUUUUCCAAAAAGUACAGAUUGCCAAGACUGUUGGGAAUAUUUGAUGCCAGGAACCAGUUCUUAUUUAAACACAAAUUUCUUGCUUUAAUCUCAAAGGCAUCUGUUUUCUCAAUAUUUAUUUGAUGUCAGAAUAUCUUGAUUGUUAUAUCAGAGUUUCUUCUCCACAUUGUUUCUUUUCGGUCAAAAGUAUAAAGUGGAAUAACAUGAAACACACGCUGCUGGUUCCUGAUACGUUUUUGCACUUCACAGGCAACUAAGGUCAGUCGGACUUCUGAUGAUUUGAGACAUUUGUUUUGCUGAUUUAUCGGUGGUAAGAUUAGGUUAACCUGAGCUUCAGGUCAUUUUUAUUUCUUCUCCAUUUUAAUUUGAAUCUGCAGCAUAUGGAUGUUUUGUCUUCCAUCAGAGUUGCUGCCGAGUAUUGCCAACAAAGUCUAGGUCAUGGUUUCUUGAAUUCUUCGGCUGAAGAUCCGACUGUUGUGACUCUUGUUAAGAUUAAAUAAGCACUUUGUGAGUGUGGCAGAGAUUCCACUGUCACUUGUGCCAGAUUCUGAAAGUCUUAAGUAUUUUUAUUUGCCGCAACUUGUUGAAAAUAUUCCCUCAAAUUUGGUUUCACUUUCCAUGAAACUACACUGGUUUUUGGUACUGGUGCUAACUUUGCCAUGUUGGUACUGAAUGAAGUGACUGGCACUAGAAUGUCCUCCUGUUUCUCCUCUAUUGGUUCAGAUUGGAGCAUCAAAGAGCAACGACUUCCUGUGAAUUAUUCUUUGAGCGACUGAUAGUUCGGCUGCCCCCUGCAGGUUAAGAUGAGAAUGCCAAACCUCCUCGCGUGUUUUCCAAAGGGUUUCUACUGGGAGGAACCACCUGAACCCAUAUUCAUGUUAUCAUCUGUGAGAAACUCUGUGUUGUCCUGAAAAAAUUUGUUUGAGAAGUUUGGGUAAAACCACAUUCCUCAAGAUUUUGGCAUCGGAAACACAUUUUGAUAAAAAAAAAAAGAUCUAAGCUCUUGGUGCACAUUUUCUGGAGCCUUAACAGAUCUCAAGCAGAUAAAGGCUCUGGAAAAGGUCAGCAAGUCACCUUGAUGUAACAUUGAGUUACUCAACAGCCACAUUUGUUGAUGUCCAGAUAUAACAACUAAACCCACAUUAGGUCAGUGACUCUUGAAAGGUAUUGUGUUUCCAAACUCAUGAAGUCGACACCAUACAAAAUCAAAUUGAUUUAGAUUCCGGUCACAAAGAAUAGAUUCAAAUCGGUGAAAUUUUUCUGCUUUCAGUUUUGAAAAAGGUUUUCUUGAAUAAGAAAGCAGUUCCUCCGUUGAACCUGACACCAGAUCAGCGUCUGGUGCUCAGCUUGAACAGGUUUUUGUACGUCUCUGUCCCGGUGAGUUCUCGGUUCUGGAGGAGUCUCCUGGUCUCCUUGUCUCCUUCUGUCUUCACGCAGCCAUGUCCACGUCCUCCACCAAUUCCCUUUUGUAGGUCUUCUUUCUGUUAGUCCUGUUUGUGCAACACUUGUAUGAUAUUGUAUUUCCUACAUGAUCUUUGAAAACCUUUUGUUAAAUAAAUAAAAAUAUUUAAAAAUAA